AAUUAUCAAAAAUAUACUUAUAAGCGCUCUUCUCUCUCUUUUUGUCGAUUACCUUUAAAUUCGCCGGCGAUGAAUCUCGCCGGAAAAAUGAUUAGUAUUAUGGUCGUCAUUAGUAAUGCUGUCUCUGACCACCACCGUCACGUUUUCCGUGAAAUUUGUCGUUGAUUCCUUUUUGUUUCUAGGUUUAUUUCUCUAGUAGUAUUAUUCUUUACUUUUGUUUUGUGAAAAAGAUCCGCUGAUUGAAGAAAGACUGUCUAAGGUUUUCUUCUUAUAUUAGCUGAGAGGUUUUGUUAGAUUCUUCUUUUUCUUCUUCUUAUUAAAUUUUGAGAGAUCUGAGGUUUGAACGAGAAAUUGACUUUGAACAAAACGAUGACGUUUACGAUGAAGAUCCAGCCGAUUGAUUUCGACUCACCUCAAUCCGAGGCCACAACAACCAAACCGGUGCUCAAAUCUCGCCUCAAACGCUUAUUUGACCGGCCGUUCAGGACCACCACCGCCUCCGAGAAACCAUUCCCCGGUGGCGAGACGACGGAGUUCGAGCCGAGCUCCGUUUGUUUAACGAAAAUGGUUCAGAACUUCAUUGAAGAGAACAACGAGAAGCAAGCCAAAUGUGGACGUAACCGCUGUAACUGCUUCAACGGCAACAACAACGAUAACUCAUCCGACGAUGAAUCAGAUCUCUUCGUCUCUGAUCAUCUCAAGAGCUUGAUCACGUGCGUGACCGUCGCGGAGAGUAACCUCUUAACCGAGGCAACGAAGAUCGUAGAUAAGAUCAACAAAUCAGUCAAACGAAAAGACGAGAUGAGAAAAAUCGUCAACGAAGGACUCUUAUCUCUUAACUACGACUCUUCAAUCUGCAAAUCGAGAUGGGAGAAGUCUCCUUCGUUCCCAGCCGGCGAAUACGAGUACAUAGACGUAAUCGUCGGAGGAGGAGGGGAGCGAGUGUUGAUCGACGUUGAUUUCAGAUCGGAGUUCGACAUCGCGAGACAGACGAGCGGUUACAAGGCGCUGCUUCAGUCUCUACCGUUCAUCUUCGUCGGGAAAUCCGAUCGGUUGAGUCAGAUCGUUGCGGUGGUAUCGGAGGCGGCGAAGCAGAGCUUGAAGAAGAGCGGGAUGCAUUUGCCUCCGUGGAGGAAGGCUGAGUACAUGAGAUCUAAGUGGUUGUCGUCUUAUACCAGAGCCUUCGGAAACGCUGAGGAGCUGCCUGUUGUGGCGGCCGCGGCGGAGGUGGAGGUGGAUUGUGUAGAGCGUGAGCUGGUUUUUGAGGAGAAAUCUUUGUCUCCGGGAGUUAUUCCUUUGCCGUCUGGUGAUGAUGUGGCGGUGGAGAGAGAAGUGAAAGUCGUCACCGGUUUAGCUUUACUCUUCAACCGAAAGUCCUCAUAAACAAAUUUUGGAGUUUUUUCUUUUUUAAUUUUCCUUUUACUAAUUUUCUUUAGAGGCAAAAUUCUACUUUUUUACCGUUCUAUUUCUGUAGUUGUUUUUGGCCUCUUUUGUUUUUUUUGUUUUUCUUCGCAAGGGGUUUUACCACUUUGUACUUAUUACCGUCGACGGUGAAAAAAUAAAUAAAAAUAUUGUACUUACGAAACUCAAAAACACCUGAGAAACUGUGCAGUGUUGUGGAUGUGGAUAAUAUCUUAAUUUAA